AUGGGGAAAAUCAGCAAAGUCCUCGUAUGUGGUCAUUGUGGGGUUGGCAAAACAGCUAUCAUAGAACAUUUAGUAUAUGGGAACCAUGUUGUGGGAACACCUACCAUGCCUACUAUAGAGGAUAUCUACACUGCUGUUAUAGAAACAGAUCGAGGAGUAAAGGAAAAAGUUAGAAUAUUUGACACAGCUGGUUUGGACUGUACCAAACCUGAUCUUCCAAAACAUUAUCUUACAUUUCCAGAUGGUUUUGUGUUGGCGUAUGAUGUGACCAACUGGGAAUCAUUUCAGCGUUUGGACAAACUGAAAAAAGAUAUUGACAAGUAUCGAGAUAAAAAAGAAGUCUAUAUAAUUGCAAUUGGAAAUAAAACAGAACUUCAUGAUUGUCGCCAGGUUGAUUUCAACACUGCUCAGUUGUGGGCAACCAGAGAAAAAGUUAAACUUUGGGAAGUUUCUGUUACUAAUCGACAGUCUCUUCAAGAACCUUUUGUAUGGCUGACCUCACGUAUAACUCAACCUCCAAGUAAAUCUACAUUUCCAUUGGGAAGAAAGAAUAAAGGAAGCGAGUGCUGA